AUGAGCUCCCGAGUUUCUCCUGAGCCGAAUUGGUCGCAGAAGGUUCGUUACAUACCAGCGAAUGUGAACGGCAAACAGGUAGUGGUCAGCCAGGGGGGAGACGCGUUUCUCGUUGACAACAUCGAGUUGAGGAGCGCAGGGAUGCCUGGAGUUCAGGGCCGGUUCAGCAAGGACUUGGAUGACAAGGAUCCAUCCGCAAUUGUGAUGUUCGGUUCCAAGUUGCAGGGCGAGCUCGAGGGCGAUUGGCUCAAGGCGGUGCUUCCGGACUUGGAUGACAAGGAUCCAUCCGCAGCUGUGACGUUCGGUUCCAAGCUGCAGGGCGAGCUCGAGGGCGACUGGCUCAAGGCGGUGCUUCCGGAGCCAGCAGCGGCCGCUUGGGUUCCCGCGGGGGUCCCCGCGAACAGCCACGUGGUGCACGAGAAGUACGUUGGCCCCAACACGAAAAUGUUUGGCCUCGGCGGCUGCCUCCUGUGCGGUUGCCUGGCCCUUCUCAUCUUUGCCUGCCCCGUGGACGAGCGGGACGUGUACGUGGCGCCGAACGGGGCCAAGUACACCCUGAACGGCGCCCGGAUCCAGUAG